AAGUUUGUGUAAAUUAAAUUCUAUAUAUUAUGCUAAAUGUUGUUAAAACUUAGAAAUUCCGAACAACAACAACAACAAAAAUAUUUGUGUAAAAUAAAUUCUAUAUGUCAUGCUACAUGUUGCUUAAGAAGGCAAACGACGAAAAAUAAAAGCGUGCAUAAAUAUUAUAAUACGAAAGUGCACUACAACUCGAAAGUAAAAGGAAAAGCAAAGUGCAAGCAACAACAACAAGCUGCAUUAAUAUUUGCUAUUUGUGUGUAAAAAAAAAGAAAAUAAAAGCAGGCAACACGAUGCCAGCAAAAUUGUCACGCGUUAAGCGUCUGUGUGAAAAUGUGAAAAUUCGAAAGAUUCCGCCCAAGUGUCUGCUCGUCGUAGUGUUUUGUGCAAUUGUGUAAUCAUUUGCGAAGAUUGGCUGAAAAUUUUCAAAAAAAAAAAAUUAAAAAAUAUACAAAAUUGAUUUACAUAAAAGCAAAAGUGGCUUUCUGUGGCCAGCAAAGUGCAAAUAAAAUAGCAAACUAAAUUCGGGAUUUAUUAACUACCGGCGUAACUAGCUGGCGGUGCGCCAGUCACGAGCGGCAGAUUGCAGCGACGAAAGGGAAAAAAGUUACAUAUGAUACUGUGGCAUUCUUCCAUUUUCCAAACGGUGUUUUAACGUAAUACAUGCAGCAACAACAGCAAUAAACAGCAACUACUACUUACAUUAAAAUCGUGUUGAACGAAAUAUAUAAUUGUGAUAACGGUAUAAUCAGCAAAAGCGUAACAAACAAACAAACAAACAGUGCUUAUAGUGGCGUAAGGGCGCAUGCGCGCUAACAACAAUUGGCAACGCCAACGUCUGAUGCCAAUGCGUUUGACCAAUAAAUUGCUCCAGCGCUGCGUGAAUAUUAUUAUGGCCAGGAGAUCGACGUCUAUGCAAAGUGAGAAAAAAUGCAUUAUCAACGAGGAAGACGAAGAUGAAAAUCAGCGACAAUUAAAAUUGUAUUGUGUAAAAUAUUGCAACAAUAUGGUGACCUAAAUACGCGGUACACGAGAGAAAAAAGUAAAAGCCAUAAAUAAAUCACUAAAAAUAUAUUAAACAAAAAAUAUAAAAAAAUAACAACAAAUAUAAAAAUAAAAAUAAAAAUUCGCAUGCUUAAAAUAAACGACUUGAAAAAAGUGUAUUUUCCAAAAUUUCAGAGUCAGCAACAGAAAAAUUUCCAGUUCAAGAAAUCGAGUUUCGAAAAAAGUAAAAGUUAAUUGCAUUGAUUUAUUUCGUAUACAACCAAUAAGUUAAACGACAAAAGAAAAAUUGCGUGCAUUAUAACUGUACAUGUAAAUACACAAGUUCAUAAUAUACAUACGUACAUACAUACAUACAUACAUCAGCAUAUAUAAAGUGAGAAAGGAGAAUUGUGUAGCACAAGGUGUCAAUAAUAAAUUAUCAUUUUGUCAAUUCAAAAAUUAAAAACCUGCUAGCGGAUUCCCGAACACUUUCCGGCAAAACCAAAAACAAAAAAAUAAAAAAUACGACAACAAUCGGGUCAACAAAACUGCGUGACUUUUGGCAGCGCGAAAGCAAGAAGAAUAGGAUUUAAAUACUUUAAUACCGAUCAAAGCGGCGACGUCUCCACUACGCGCUCCGAUUUUUUGUAUCGAGGACUCUGUCGCACAGUUAAUACGACUUAAGCGCCUCUCCCGCCCCACAGCCAAAGUCAAGCGCAACUGACGUGUCUUUCGACCCUUCACAAUUUUGUGUAAAAAUUUCCACAUUUACGCGCGUUCGGUUGUCGGCGAGCGUUAUUGGCUUAACGCCGCUUAUUUAUCUCGUUCAUGCGAAGGAAUUUACGCGUGUAUUGGAGGGCCCUAGCGCUGCUGGGUGCCCUCCUUUCGAUAAUCAUUGAUUGGCCGGGCAUGAUGGUGUGUGCGCUGCCAGUAACGCUACUGCAGCCAACAACAACAACAACAGCAACAACAAGUGCAGCAACAUUGCAACAGCAGCACGCUCUGACAAUGGAUAAAUUAUUGGCGGCGAAUGCGACUUACGGCGCGAGCGCUGCGCUCCAAAAUGCAACAAACACCUACCGCAGCGCAGACAAUGCAGUUGUUGCGGAUGGCGUGGCAGUUAAUGGAAAUUUCACAUUAAACAUUAAUUUAAAUACAAAUCGAAAUAGUAGCCAUAGUAGUCACUAUAGUGAAAGUGAGCAAGAGCAGACGAAGCAGGAAGCGGAGCAUUCGACGGCGGAACUGCCAAGAAGCCGUCAAGCGAAAAACGCCACCAAUGUUAUGGGCGCUAAUGCGAACAGCAAACGCGCAGGUGGCAGCGAAAGCGCGCGUCAAGCGAGCGCUGAUCAAGCGCGUGCGCAACAUGCGCCGCCAACAUCCAGCGACGAUCAGUUGCACAAUGCGCAGCGCAUCAAAAUGCUGAAUUUGAUAUCCAACAAGCGCAAGCGUAAAAAACUCAGCGACAGCGCGCAGGCACAAGAGCUGAAUGGCAGCAGCAGCCGCGCAAACACAGAUCAGCCGGCGGAAACAACAGUUGCCGGCGAUGAUCAUCAUACUACCACAACAACCACCGCCACAACACCACUUAGUUUUAGUGAAAAUAGUAUUAGCAAUAAAUAUUUAAUUACAAUUAAUAGAAAUCCUAAUGAAAAUCUACAAAUGGCCACGGCGCCAAAACGAACGUUAAACAAACUCGAAACUACUACUACUACUACUACAACAAAAACGACAACAGCAACACCUAGCAAUGCUAAUAAUAACAUUGCUAAUCGUUAUGUUAACUAUAUUGAAGAGCAAGUGCAAGCCACCAUCGAUGAUGCGCCCGAUGAUGAGGCGGCGUCGUUAUUUAGUAAUUUGCCCACCAGCACAAGCGCGAGCGAUUAUGAGGAUCAGUAUGAGAGCGCCAGCCGCUCCAGCAUAGCCUACUCCUAUACAACAGCGUCGCCCGACAAUGAUGACGCACUGCUGAGUGCAGCAGCAGCGGCGCCACAAUCUCCCGCCUUCACAUUCGCCUCAGCGCAUCACACCGCCAUACUGUUGUCGCGCACGGAGCGCAGCGUGCGCCAACCAGCGUCGGCAGCGGCGCAGGCGGAGGUCAGCGCGAGUAAGCGCGCUGUACGCCAUCAUGGCGGCGCCAAUAAUGGCGGCAUUGUGCGACGUUCCUCUGACGGUAGUCCGAAAUCGAGAAGACUGAACAAUUUUAGAAACUUAAAUGGCAGCAGGCACGCGCCCAACAAUUUGGAUCGCAACGAGCGCUCGACCAUCUCAAACUUGUCGGGUUUGUCGCGCAAAAUCCAGAUCUACAUCAAGAAUCGCUUCAUACAAUUGCUGCCGGACGGUACGGUGAAUGGUACGCAGGACGAACAAAGUGAUUACACCAUACUGCAACGUUCGACUGUCGAUGUGGGACGCAUCAAAAUCCAAGGCGUUGCCACCUGCCUGUAUUUGUGCAUGGAUGCAUGUGGCGCUGUUUAUGGCUCGCAAGAAUUCACCGACGAUUGUGUGUUCAACGAGAACAUGGAGCAGCACAACUACAACACCUAUUCAUCCACCUACAAUUCGAAUACGCGGCGCGUCUACUACUUGGCGCUGAAUCGGCACGGCGAGCCGCGUAAGCUGCAGAUACCGCCAACCCGCUCGCUUGGCAAACUAGCCACCUAUACGAACGCCAUCACCGAAACGGUGGAGGAUGUACGCGUCGAACAGCUGAUAGCGAAGAAUUUCGGCGAGAAUCGCAUUAAGCACGGCAUACGCCAACUCUGUGAUACGGGCAAACCAUUGGUCGACCUGAUCGAUAGCAAACACUUCAAAGCGCUCCCCAAGUGCAAUCCAAAUUCUAGUAAUAACAAUAGCGGUAGCAAUAGUAAUAGUAGUAGUAGUAGCAAAAAGAGUAGCAGCAGCAGCAGCAGCAGCAGAAGUAGUCUUAUAGGUAGUGAUAGUAAUAGUCCUAGCGGUAGUAGUAGUAUUAGCGGCCAAACAAUGAACAACGUUCCUGCUGCCAAUGAAAGAGGCGAGUCACAAAGCAGCGCAGUCACAAAUAGCCAUAGUAACCACAACGGUCGGGGUGGCCAGCGGGGCGCCAACACGUCCAACAGCUUGAGUAGUAGUAUUAGCAAUAGUCCGAUGGCGAGUAAUGACAGCCAUACUAGCGGUAAUAGUAGUCAGAGUGCGCCCAGCCAUCAGAAUCACAAUGGUGGCGGCGGCAAGAAGAAGAAGAAGCGGCGAAAGUGCCGGCCGCACGAGAACGAGGAGGAGCACAAUUGCCAAAUGACUCCGCUAGCGCUACGCAAGCUCAAUAAUAAGAAGUGUCGAGAGCUGCAACAGCAGAGAAGGCAGCUUAAAGCGAAGGGCGAGGAAGUGCCACUUCUGCCACUGCCAGCGGAAUGUAAGAAAAAGAAGAAUAAUGGCGGCGGCGGUGGCGGUGGCGUUAAGAAAAAUCGCCAAAAUCAAAACCAAAAUGCUAAUAACCGCAAUAGCGUUGGCGGCGAAGGCGCAAAUAACCGACGCGGCAAGAAGUUGAAUUCGAAUGGCCGACAAGCGGGCGGCAGUGGCAUGGGCAAUCGCAAUGGCGGCGCAAACCGCAAGAAAGGCCGUAAUGGUGGCGCCCAUGCGCAAAAGAAACUUAAAAAGCAGUCACCAGCAAAAACUACCGUCAGCACUACGCAAGCGUCCAGCAGCAGUACGCUUACCACGGCGGCUACCACGACUACAACGCGCCAGCAUACCGAUAGCACGACAAUAGCGACGGCGCUAUCAAUGACGCCCACCACCACCGAACUUAGCAGCGCGGAAGUAGAAGAGAGUUUAGACCCGCGCGCUGAGGCGACAAGCGUGCGCGGCGAACGUGAGCGCGAACAACGCAAUGUACGCUACACCAACUCAAUGGAGGACGAUGUGCUGCAGGCGAGCGCGGCGGCGGCGGCGAUAGCUGAUAAUGGUAAUUCGCGCGAGGACUCAACGGAAGCGGAAGCCAGCGAGGAGGAAGAACACGUCGAGGACGCAGUCGGCCAGCUCAGUAGCGCGUCAGAUGAAGAUGACGCCGACGACGACGCUGACGAUAUGUACGAUGAAAGUGAGGAGAGCGCGGCGGCAGUGCCGCCUGCUUCAUCGGCGGCUGCAACCGCAACACUGGCAACGAGCGGUAGCAAAGCGGCAAUGACGCGUGCGCAGUUACUCGGCGAUGCAGACGAUUUUCUAUACUACGAUCAAUUGGAUUUCCUGCCAAUUGGUCUAUGGAAAUUAUUUGCGUUGUACUGGCUGACACACUGGGCGCUACGACGACGAACGUAACGGUGAUUGGCCAAAAUUAUAAUAACAAUUGGACAAGCUAAAAUAUAUAGAGCAACGAAAUUCUAAAUUUACACAUUUACCCAGCAAACACGUUCAAAAGUAGCGGAAUUGUUGCUAUUGUAGCGCUAACGUAUGUUGUACCGAUUACCCGCUACCCAUUUGCCACGUCAUCACUUACGCGUUUGUUGUUGUAUUCAUUGAAAUUACUACAAUUUAUGAUUGCUCAAAGAAAUUUAAAAGAAAUUAGUCAACUUUGCAUUAAAAAAUUUAAAAUCUUGAGAAAUUUAGAAAAAAGUAAUCUCACGCCAUUAAGAAUAAAUGCUCGCACAUUUUCUAUAAAAUUUUCGUAAUUUUUUCAGCCAAAUUCGAAAAGCACGAAAAUGCAAGCGAUGCUAACGGUGAAUUUAUAAAAUGAGCGUUUUAAGGUUAGCAUAAAAAAUGUUCAUAAAUACGCUCUACUUACCACAUGGUACACAUGAAGAAAUAAUAGUAAAUUUAAAAAAUAGUAAGAAUUGAAAAUAUAUUUAAAUUAUAAAAAAGUAGAAUAUAAAAUAAUUAGAAAUUAAAAAAAUCUAAUUUUAAUCUUAUAUAUGAUGGUUCCUGCAUAUUAAAAUACAAAAAAAGUAAAUAUACCGCUACUUUAAUUUGCUACUUAGCCAUAGUUUCAUUGUCUUAAGCAUUUUGUAAAUACUUCAUACUCACAUAUAUAUUAAACAACCAUUAGUUAAGCGCUAAAUAAUUACUUAAACAAUGUUUCAUAAACCUUCUAGUGUUAAACUAAAAUUAAUAAUAUUAUUUGCGAAGAAGAAAUAAUUUUUUUUUACGCAAAAAUGUUGCUGAAGAUGUCUAAGGAUGGUACACAUAAAGCAUACGAAGGAUGAUCCAUUUCGAGGUUCCCUACUUUUUUAAAGAAAAAACACAGAAACUUCAAACUUAAUGGAGAAUGUUUACUAUCAUUUAAAAGAACAUUCUUUGGCAUUCAUUUUUUGAAGAUUAUCUCUUUUAAAUGUUGGCCGCGACUACGUCUCAGAUGGCCCAUCUAUUGAGUCCAAUUUUCGAUGACUCGUUCGAGCAUUUCGACUGGUAACUGGCGAAUGACACGCGUGAUAUUUUGCUCCAAGGCUUCAAUCGUGGCGGGAUUGUCCGCUUAGACUUUAGACUUUACAUAUCACCAUAGCAAAAAGUCCAACAGAGUGAUAUCACACGAUCUUGGCGCCCAAUCGACCGUCCUAAAACGUUAAACUAUCUGCUCACCGAAGUGUUCUCUCAAUAAAUCCACUGACUUACACGUUGUGUGGGAAGUGGUGCCGUCUUGUUGAAACCAAAUGUCGCUCAGAUCUCGAGUUUCAAUUUCAGGCAUAAAAUUGUCGGUUAUCAUGGCGCGAUAACGAUCGCCAUUGAUGGUUACGUUCUCAUCGCCAACAUUUUUUGAAGAAAAAUGGACCAAGUAUACCACCGACCCACAAACCACACCAAACCGUUGUUUUUUUCUGGAUGUAAUGACAGCUUUUGAAACUCUUCAGGUUGCUCUUCGUCACAAAUUAGACAAUUACGCUUGUUUACAUACCCAUUGGACCAGAAAAGGACCUCAAAGCUGAACAAAAUUUGUCUCGAACACGUCGGGUCUUCUUUGAACUUUUCAAGACUCCAUAGAGCGAAGCGAUGUCUCUUGUUUUCUACACUUUCAAUUUAAGAUCUCGACGUAAAAUGCGCAACGUCGUUCCAAACGUCAAUCCGAGUUGCUCCGAACGGCGCCGAAUCGACUCUCCACGAUCUUCGUAUGCACUCACAGCUACCGCUGCUAUAUUUUCUACACUGCGUCCUGAACGUGGUCUAAUGGGUCGAAUAUUAUCCAACAAUGAAUGCUGCGUCUCAAUAUGUGUGAUGGUGAUGCGAAUAGUACGCUCAAUAAGUUAAUCAUAAGUUGACCGCAGCGCAUGAAACACAUUCUUUACAGAACGUAAAUUUUCGUAAUAAAGUUGAAUGAUUUGUAAACGUUGUCCAGGCGUAAGUUUUUCCAUGGUGAAAUGCCAAACAAUACUGAAAAAAAUAACAUGACAGCUUGAGUCGUUCACGUGUGAUCUGUCAAAGGAAAGGCCAUUAUAAAAGUAACUCUACUUGGAUCAUCCUUUAUACAUUAUAUAUAAAUGAUCAGCGUGAUCAUUAGGAAACCCACGCCAAUUCGUUAUUCGAAUAAAUGCAAAAAGAACUGCUUCAUGGGUUUCUUAACCUCAACAUUUCCUUCUAAUAAAAAAUAAAUUUCUUCCUCGCACUUAGCAACAUAUACUAUACAUAUGUAUGUAUAUCGACAAACACGUAAAUUAGUAGAAAAUAAUAUUUAUUGUAAUUAAGCAAGCGAAAUAAUCAAAAUUCAACCAUAAACAACAAGCAUUAGUGUUUAGCGAUAGUCUUAAGUAGAAUUACCAAAACUACACAAUUAAACAUAAAUCCUUCAAAAACAUCCAACAAUUAACAUAGAAACAUUUCUAGGCAUAUAAAUUUAGAUAUAAAUAUCAUUUCCUAUUUAUAAGUAGCCGCGAAAUGUAUAAUUGAAUUGAUUGUUUAAUUAAAACUAAAUUAAGACUGAAGCAACAAUCACUGCAACGAAUAUAUGCAAAUGAUUUCGAAAAUAUAUAUACAAAUCAACAACAAAAAAAAUACGAAAAAUACAA